GGUCGACGACGACGUCGGACUCGCGCCACUUCUCAGCGGCGAGCUGGAGAGGACAACUAGCGACUUUUCGGCCAGCGUCAACUCGACCUCAUUGUGAAAGACUAAACGGUCAAAUUACUUGAGAAGUUUGGAACCCUUGACCUCGGAGAUUUUGGAAUUAAGUCCUCCCGUCAGUAGAUAUGGCGCGCAAAGAUUACGCAGCGGAGAAAGAUAAAUGCAAGAGAUUCCUGCAGGAGUUUUACUCUGAGGAUGACAAUGGAAAGAAAGUGUUCAAAUACGGCGUGCAACUUGUGGCCCUGGCCCACAGAGAGCAGGUGUCUCUCUUUGUGGACCUGGACGAUGUGGCUGAGGAGGACCCUGAGCUGGUGGAGAGUAUUUGUGAGAAUGCCAAGCGCUACACGAGCCUCUUUGCGGACGCCGUGCACGAGUUGCUCCCAGAGUACAAAGAAAGAGACAUUGUGGCAAAAGACUCUCUGGAUGUGUAUAUUGAGCACCGACUGAUGAUGGAGCAGAGAUCACGUGACCCUGCGGACACGCGUGAUGCCCGAAACCAGUACCCGGCGGAGCUCAUGAGGAGAUUUGAGCUCUACUUCAAGCCGCCCAGCACGACAAAGCCAAAAACCGUACGCGAAGUGCGGGCCGACAGCAUCGGACAACUCGUAAGCGUCCGGGGCAUCGUGACCCGUGCAACAGAGGUUAAGCCCAUGAUGGGGGUGGCCACGUAUACAUGUGACCAGUGCGGCGCGGAGACCUAUCAACCGAUCCAAUCGUCGUCCUUCAUGCCCCUCGUCAUGUGUCCCAGCCAAGAGUGCGUCACCAACAAAUCUGGAGGCCGCCUCUACCUGCAGACCAGAGGCUCCAAAUUUGUGAAAUUUCAGGAGCUUCGAAUUCAGGAGCAUAGUGACCAAGUCCCUGUUGGCAACAUCCCCAGAAGCAUGUCUGUUUAUGCACGUGGUGAAAACACACGAUUAGCCCAACCAGGCGACCACGUCGCUAUUACAGGAAUAUUCCUGCCGCUUCUUCGCACCGGCUUCAGACAGGUUACACAGGGUCUCCUGUCUGAGACGUUCAUGGAAGCUCACUCCAUCACAAUCAUGAACAAGACGGAGGAUGAUGAACUUGGGAACGAGGAGCUCACUGAAGAAGAGCUGCGCAGCAUUACCGAAGAAGGAUACUACGAGAAACUGUCUGGAUCGAUCGCACCUGAGAUUUAUGGCCACGAGGAUGUGAAGAAGGCUCUGCUCCUGCUGAUGGUGGGAGGUGUUCAACAAGCCCCGAAAGGCAUGAAGAUCAGAGGUAACAUCAACAUCUGCUUAAUGGGAGAUCCUGGCGUGGCCAAGUCUCAGCUCUUGAGCUACAUCGACCGUCUGGCUCCUCGCAGCCAGUACACGACAGGCCGAGGCUCAUCGGGUGUGGGCUUGACAGCGGCUGUAAUGCGUGACCCGCUAACUGGUGAGAUGACCCUGGAAGGUGGUGCCCUGGUUCUUGCCGACAUGGGUGUGUGCUGCAUUGAUGAGUUUGACAAGAUGGCAGAUGCUGACCGCACGGCCAUCCACGAGGUGAUGGAGCAACAGACCAUUUCCAUUGCCAAAGCCGGCAUCAUGACCUCCCUUAACGCCCGCUGCUCCAUCCUGGCUGCCGCAAACCCGGCAUACGGCCGCUACAACCCCAAGAAGAGCAUCGAGCAGAACAUUCAGCUGCCGGCCGCGCUGCUCUCACGUUUUGACCUGCUUUGGCUCAUCCAGGACAAGCCCGACGCAGAUGCCGACCUGCGUCUGGCCCAGCACAUCACCUAUGUCCACCAGCACUGUCGCCAGCCGCCCGCGCACUUCACCCCCAUUGACAUGAAGCUCAUGAGGCGUUACAUUGCCGCUUGUAAGAAGAAGCAGCCGGUGGUACCGGUGUCGCUGGCAGACUACAUAACCGCCGCAUAUGUGGAGAUGAGGAAGGAGGCACGAGUGAGCAAGGACACCACCUUCACCUCGGCCCGCACCCUCCUCUCCAUACUACGCCUCGCUACAGCGCUGGCACGCCUCCGCCUAAUGGAUGUGGUUGAGAAGGAGGACGUCAACGAGGCCAUGAGGCUGAUGGAGAUGUCCAAGGAUUCGCUUCAAACGGACAAGUCUAACAACACAAGGACUCAGCGCCCGGCCGAUGUCAUCUUCUCCCUGGUGCGAGAGCUGGCCACAGAGGGCGCGGCGGGCCGAGGAGGCGCCGGCGGAGUGGUGCGCAUGUCAGAGGCAGAGCAGCGCUGCGUCUCGCGGGGCUUCACCCCCGCCAUGUUCCAGGAGGCUCUGGAAGAAUACGAGGAGCUCAAUGUGUGGCAGAUCAACCAGGCUCGCACCCGCAUCACCUUUGUCUGAGGGCUUCGCGAAGACACAAUUUUCCUUCAACUUUCUGUAGAAAAAGAUGAGCUUUCAAUUGGCCCCCUUUUAAGAAUUCUGCUUAUAAAUAUGUUGGCCCCACAUUCUGUACAGUUUUUGCACAUUGUAAUGCAAUGUUAACUUUGAUUAUCUUGUAAGGAAUAAUUAUAAUAAAUGCAUCAUUCGCCCAUUGCAUUUAUGUAUAAAGGAUUGGUCAAAUGGCUGCUUACAGGAAACUUAGUAGUUUGUGUGGUCGCAGCUACCAAUUACACCUUAAAUUUAGGAGUCUGGUUCAAAUGCCCUUCAGCACAUUUUCCUCUAAUAACUCUCAAAAAACAGAUGUUGAAGUUCUUUUAACUUUAAUGUAAACUUCAUAACUACACAUUCUAAAACAUUAAGGUGUGUUUUUAACUUGCAAAUUGAAGUUCCCAACCAGGAACCUACAUGUAGCUGUCAAGGCUUGUUUUACGAUCCAUCGGAUUUUCGCAAAAAACAUUUUUAACAUCUUAUUCGACUUUUAGGAUAUAAGUAAUCAUCUGUUUACUUCUACGUACUCCGCAAUGUCCUGGCUGCAUGAUUGCCAUACUUCACAGAAUUUGGCAAGGCAAUAUUUUUGGUAAGUUAAAAUUGACAAACAGUUGUGUAUCCUAGUACAAUAUGGUUUCAGACAGGCAAAACGAUACUGAUAUAAAUACACGAAAACUAAGUCAAAAGUAGAUUUGACAAUUACUGUAAAUGGAGAGUAUUUACCACGUAUUUUAACGUUAUUACUCUGCUCAAAAUCUUGUUAUUGCACUCUUAUUUUCCUGAUUUGUGCGACACAGCCGCAAAAUCUGCACAGAAAGUGAGGUUGGGAGACUUAUAUAAGACUUAACCCUCUCCGGGACGGAGAACAUCGAUUGGAAAGUUAAUUGCUUAACUCGGGUCAGCAAGAUGCGGCUCUUUAGCGCUGCCCUAGUGGCUCCCAGGAGCUUUUUCCAAAAUGUUUGAAGAUGGGAGAGGGAUUUUUUUUUUUUUUUAAAUAUGGUUUCUGCAGGAUGAGAAACAUUUUAUGUUGCAAUAAAGUUAAACAUGAGGAGGCAUUGUACAACAGAGGUGUGACGUGGUGCGUCAUUCUCUAUAGGAUGCAACAUAAAUGCAAAUAAACAUUUAAGGCGGCUCAUUA